GCGCUCUGGCUCCGCAUUAGCCGCGGGCGCCACUCUUAGAACUCGAGUAGGAGUGGGAGUUGCAGUCAUCCCCCCCCAGCUCGCUCUCAGCGCCGGCUCGACCCUCGCAGCUUGUCAGUGAAGCGCUUACUGGCUCUGGCAGUGUCCUCUCGGCGGCCAUGGCCACGAAGAUCGACAAGGAGGCGUGUCGCGCGGCGUACAACCUAGUGCGGGACGACGGCUCGUCAGUCAUCUGGGUGACUUUCAGAUACGAUGGCGCUACCAUUGUCCCCGGCGACCAGGGAGCGGAUUACCAGCACUUCAUUCAGCAGUGCACAGAUGAUGUCCGGCUGUUUGCCUUUGUACGCUUUACCACCGGUGAUGCCAUGAGCAAAAGGUCCAAGUUUGCCCUCAUCACGUGGAUCGGGGAGGAUGUGAGUGGGCUGCAGCGAGCCAAGACGGGGACCGACAAGACGCUGGUGAAGGAGGUGGUCCAGAAUUUUGCAAAGGAGUUUGUGAUCAGCGAUCGGAAGGAGCUGGAGGAAGACUUCAUCAGGAGCGAGCUGAAGAAGGCUGGAGGGGCCAAUUAUGAUGCUCAGACAGAGUAGCCCCAGCCCCACCCCCAGAGCCAUCUGUCUGCACCACCUAGGAGGAGACUUGCCACCUCGAGUCACCAGCCCACCAGGGAGGAGGAGCCAUGAGAGGCACCGGCACCACCAGUGUGUGUAGCCCCUCCCCUGCCUCCCCAACCCCUUCGCCCCUCUGUGGCUCUCUUAAGCUUACCAAGCAUCAUUUUUUGGUACCCGCCCCCUUUUUGUUUUAAUGAAAAGUCAUCUUGGUGCCAGGGUCAUGCACACCAUCAGAUCCCAGGUGCCUCUGUUAGUGGCCCUUGGCCUGUCAUUUCCCUUGCCCUCACUGUGGCCUGCCUGGUCUGAGACACCCUGGCCUCUGCUUGCUAGGGCCUGGCCUGGGUACCAUCCCAGCUUUUCUUGGCUGUUUCCUGCUAGCCCUAUGCCGGCCGCCAUGCCAGGAGCUGUGCACACCUUACAGCCUCCAUGAGCUCACACAUACUCCUCAGACUUGGCUCCAGGCCCCACCCUCACCCUGUUCAGAGUCUGGUAGAUGCUGCUUGGCAGUGACAGGUUUAGGUCUGGCGUGGACCGAGUACGAAGUGACAAUUUGCCUUAACUCUUGCUUGGCAGUGAGUCUUCACCCUUUUGGUGAAGUCCUUCUGAAGUAUGAGAGGUCUGAGUCCCGUUGUGAUGGGAGUUCAGGGUCAAACUCAGGUCCUCCUCGGGUGACAACGAUGGAAAGGUCCCCUGCAAGCAGGGAGGUAGGCACUGGCCUCACGGCACCUGGAAGGCGGCAGUUGGAAUCUCAGUCUGCACCACAAAUUUGAAAAGAUGGCUUUGUUUGCUUUUAAAGAAAGCUGAGGCGGGCCUGGCUCCUCCUGAGCAUGUGAAGAUGGUUCUUUUCCUUUCUCCUCGCUCUUUUCAUUUUGGGGAAGAAGACUGCACUGGACGGGGCUGUGAGGACCAUCUCUGGCAUUCCAACAGUUUACAGAAAUAAAUGUGUUUUUCAA